AUGGGGGUCCGCGGUUUAACCACCUUCGUGGAAGGAAACCAAAAAUUCCACUCUGAUGUAAAAUUCCGAGCCAGCAAACUAAUUAUCGACGCCAGCUGUUUGAUUUACCAUCUCUAUUCGGAAAGUUCUUUGGACCAACACCACGGAGGAGAAUAUGAUGCCUUUGCAUCCCUCGUCUCGGAGUUCUUUUCUGCCCUGCGUGCUUGUAAUAUCGAGCCCUAUGUGCUUCUGGAUGGAGGCUCUGACCCCACUAAUAAAAAGUUUAAGACUCUGCAGCAGCGUCUGCAGUACAAAAUAAGAGAAGCAGAUAAGAUGUCACAUGGUCGCAACGGCUCGAUUCUUCCCCUCCUUACCACGCAAGUCUUCAUCGAGGUCCUCAUUCAGGAGAAAGUCCACCUAGUGCAAUGUCUCACAGAGGCCGACUGGGAUAUUGCCUGUUUGGCUCAUGAAUGGAACUGCCCGGUUCUGAGCAACGACAGUGAUUUUUUUAUUUUUGACCUGCCAGGUGGGUACAUGCCCCUCAAUUUUUUCCAUUGGAACGACCUCAAAGGUGAAGCAUCUGAGCGCUACAUACCAGCUCGAUGCUACACCAGAAAAGUUCUCUGUGAUUUCUACCACAUGAGCCCAGAAUUACUGCCUCUCUUCGCCGUCUUUAAUGGUAAUGACUACUCCAGCCGAGAUGUACAUGAAAUUCUCCAGUUGAUCAAAGAAUCCACAAGAAACGUCAACCAAAUGAGGAGCAGAUCCCCGUCCUCCCGAUUUGACUUCUUGCUUAGAUGGCUGUCCUCUUUUUCAUGUUCAGCGGAUGCGUUAGCGAAAGUCAAAAGCCUCAUGAGAGAAAACAGUCGCGGGUCUAUGAACGAGCAAAAAGUUGGGCUCACUUCACAGCUGGAGGAACGUAUGAAGGAUUACCACGUCACCCCUCGGAGCCCUUUGUCUUGUUGGUUCACUGAAAACAAAAUUCCAGAAGGGUAUAACCAAACAUUACCCAAUUGUUUGUUAAAGGCAGCAGCACAAGGGCUUAUAUCUCCUUUAGUGGUUGAUACGUUGGUGAUGCGAAGGGUGAUGCUUUACAUACAAGUGGAGGACAGCAGAAACCCAAGUAGCUAUUGUUGCGCCAGAGCGAUACGACAGGCGAUAUAUGGGAUUUUACUGCUGGAUGAGAACCAAAUGAGUGCUAGCAAAUCUGAAGAAGUGACAGUUUUUGUGGAGGAGUUCGAUCGAGUCAACCUCAGCGUGCAGGUGAACCAAGUGGAGCCGCGGUGGUUAAAAUCACAUUUCCACGUGGAUGGGCUGAAUAAGAUUGCAGAAGCAGACCGCUGUAAAGCCAUUUUUGAAGUCCUAGGGGUGAAUCGGGAUGCAUUGGCUCACGUUCCUGCUAACAUCCAGCUAGCGGUUGCAGUAACCAGCUUCUGGCUGCAGGAGGCCAAACCAAAGCCUUCGCACUAUCACCUUCAGGCUUUAGUCCUGGGAAUGGUUUACGGAGAGCUGCUUUUGAUGGAGGAAAGUGGAAUUAUAUGCUACCAAAUUCCUGUUUUGCGCUCCGUAGCUCAAAUUCAAUGGGCUGAGGAGCACCGUUUCAUCACUUCUAUGAAACGCCUCCGUUCGAGGUCCAGGAGCAAUUUUGUGGACAUCGCAGCGGCUCACAGCUUCAGCCAAUGGCAGGCUUGUCUUUGGUGCGCACACUCUUUGAAUCAACUCUUGUUAAGGCCAAUCCAGGAAAAACCCCUCUCAAGUUUGUUCAGCGGUACCUUGGUGGACGGCAUACUCGGUUUUCUAAAAGAGGGCAGAGAAGUAAGUCACGUGCUAACAGAAGUUGCUUCCAGCAUAUACUCCACCCUGUUGCACGCCGUGGAGAACUGCAGCACCAAAGGUCAGCCUUCCCCUGUGGGGGAGGUCAAAGAGGAAGAAGUGCAACCGACAGGCAGGCUGAUGAUGAAGCGAGUAUGCAUUCGAGAACUGGAUUUGAGGUUUUCCGACGUGGCUGAGACCUUCAAUGAACUUCAAGAACGUUACGAAGCUAUUGUCCGACACGUCGGGAACCUCCACAGGAAUUGCGGUUUCGCUCAGAAUGAUCGUCUGUUGCUAUCCGAAUGCAUAGGGAAGAUCAGCGAAGAACACCGAGAAACCUACAAGGUCUCACUGAAGAUGAAGGGCUACGACUUCUCCCUCUCCGUGGUUCCAGUGAAUCCGAACCCCGCGGAUAAUAACUCCACAGUUCCUCCGGCUCUCCAAUUAGCUCAAGAAGAUAUCAAGUGCGCUUCAGAUAACACGAAAGCCGCCAUAUCCAAAGGCACCACACUUCAAGAAAUGAUCGGCUGGCUACUACGCAGCAAGGUUAAAAUUGCGGAACAGGUGGAGAAGGUCGCAGAGACUUACCAGGAGCGAGGACGACUUGAUGAGAAUCUGGAAAAGAACAUGAAGGAAGUGAGGAGAGCUAAGGAGUUGUCGAUUAAGUACAGAGAACAGGCUGGAGAGGUUCUUAAAGAAGCAGCUCAGAUCUCAGGCACUCUGUUGUAG